AUGGAGUUGGUCGUUAAUGAAAAAUCUCGGUACAGAAUUUUCCGAAAUAGACAAAAGGGUCUAAAGAAGAAGAUCCACGAAUUGUCAACUCUGUGUGAUGUUAAAGCAUGCAUGAUCCUAUAUGGUCCUAAUGCCCAUGGCACCGAGUCUUCUCAGCCUGACAUUUGGCCAGAAAAUCGCAAUGAAGUUGAAGGUAUAAUUGAAAACUAUAGGAAGGAGAGGAAGAAAGGCCACGGAAAGAGGACACUGGAUUUAUCUGAUGUUCUCCAAACCAAGAAGAAGACUGACUUUGAGCUGCGAGAGUUGCAGGAAAAAAAUGUCAAAACCAAGACCGGAGUGGAUGAGUUUUCCUAUGAACAACUUAUGGAAAUUAUUGAUAAAUUGGAUAAGAAGCAUGAAGCUGUGCAGAAUAUGAUUGAUUCAAAGAAGGGAAAAGUGAGGCUGAUGAUUGAGACUACUGUGGGUUGCUCUAAUAUGCAGGGCUUGUCCGCAGAGAAGCCACUUAAUAUCAAAGUGCCCAUGGAUUGUCAAGGCACCGGAGUGGUGGAAUCUGAUUUGGGUUUCUUGAUGAACCAGAUGGGGAUGGUGGUGGAGAAUCAUCAAUAUGCAGAAUUAGGAGCUGGGAGGGCGUCCAGCAGCGACAUCCAAUAUAAUAAUGUUCAACAUCACAACCCAAUUCACUAUCAUCCAGCUCUUGGAGUGUCCAAGAACAUGGUGUUGAACCCUGAUCCUAGAACUCCAACACAUCAGAUGGGGGUGUCCAAGAAUAUGGUGUUCAUGGUUGAUGUUAGAAUUCCAAUGCAGCAUAUGCCAACAUUUAUGCAAUACCCUAUGAUGUCUACAGAUUUAGGAACAGAUCGAUUCUAA